GUGGCCUCCUGCCCAGCCGCCCGCUCAGAUCCAUCGGCCAGAGCCUUUGGCUGCACGCAGCACAGAGGUCCCUGCACAAAAGUGACGGCCAGCCGGAUCCUGAGGAGCAGGGCCCAUGGACACCUUCAGCACAAAGAGCCUGGCCCUGCAGGCCCAGAAGAAAGUUCUCAGUAAGAUGGCCUCCAAGGCCAUGGUGGCCGUAUUUGUGGACGACACCAGCAGCCAGAUCCUGGACGAACUGUACCAAGCCACCAAGGAGUUCACCCGCAGUCGGAAGGAGGCGCAGCGGGUGGUGAAGAACCUGGUGAAGGUGGCGGUGAAGCUGGCCGUGCUGCUGCGGGCGGGUCAGCUGGAUGGCGACGAGCUGGUCCACUUGCAACGGUUCCGGGGCCGGGUGCGCAGUCUGGCCAUGACAGCCCUCAGCUUCUACCAGGUGGACUUCACCUUCGACCGGCGAGUGCUGGCCGCAGGGCUGCUGGAGUGCAGGGACCUGCUGCAUCAGGCUGCUGGCACGCACCUCACCGCCAAGUCCCAUGGCCGCAUCAACCAUGUCUUCGGCCACUUUGCCAACGGCGACUUCCUGGCCGCGCUGUACGGCCCGGCAGAGCCCUACCAGGGUCACCUGCGCCGCAUCUGCGAAGGCCUUGGGAGGAUGCUGGACGAGGGCGGCAUCUGACCUGGUCUGGGGACCGCCCCCCCCCGCCGAGAACACCACCACUCGUCCCAACUUCUGCUCCCCCUUCUGCUCCCCAGACGCUGUCUUGCAGCCCAGGCUCUCUAAGUAGCUGAGGCUGACCUUGAACUAAUGCCGCUGCUCCUGCAGUUGCCUCCGGAGCGCCGAGGUGGUGGGUGUGCUCCACCGCUCGCUGUUGGCCUUGUCAUUCUUUCAGACAAGAGCGUGGAGAACUGGGAGAAAAGACUUGUGCUCCCUACCCUCUGGCCCCUGCCAAAUGCCCAUGUUCCCUUCCUAAUUCUCAGGCCUCCCAAGGUGACUUGCUUUAGGAAAUGGAGUUCAAGCCCUGACACCAGACUAGGACUGAAGCCGUCCCAGCCUGCCAGGUGGGCGUUGGGAUCCGGAGGGGACACCAUCUGGGACUGCAUCUGAGAAAAACUGCAGGGGAGGUGGCUCAGCAUGUCGGGGCGCUCGCUGCCAAGCCUGAUCAUGGAGUUUGAUUCCCAAAACCCGCACAGUGGAAGUAGAGAACCAGUUUUGGCAAGUUGGCCUCUGACCUCCACGUGGCCCGCCCACGUGACCAUGCACUGAUGAGCUACAGAUCUGCUGGAGUCCUUGGGAGGGAGGAGCCUGGGGAUCUCAGAGGCUGUCCCAGCUUCAACAGGGCAGAGCUACUGGAGACACAUGUCUGUUAAAUUAUAAAGUGCUAUUUGGGAGUCAA